AUGAUGGAAAUCCUCUUGAGUCUUGCUGUUGAUGUUCGUUGUGGUUAUGAAAAACACAUGUUUGUAAGCCCCUCAGACUUUUUGGAUGCAGAAAAGACUUGCUCCGUGAUUAUAAUCAGGAGACGGCUCAUUCUCUGGUCUACAUUAGAUGUAAUGAAGCAAGAUUUUUUUCAAGAGGCAAAAAAUCUCAUUGCUGAACAUGAGAACAUAAAGGAGAAUAAAGUUCAAGGUACUUCUAUAAAUGUUUUUAAAAAUAAACACCAAAAACCAAAAUCUAUCAAAUACAUACCUUUGGAUGUUAAAAACAAGGAAGUACUUGACGUGGUUCAUGAGCAUCAAAAAGCACUCAGAAAUAUUUGUCCCAAGGAACUUCCCAAAAGUGAACAUGUUGAAGAGACCUCACAGCAAACUUGCUUCAGGAAGCCUCAACUUUUUAGUAUAAAAGAAAAGCUUGAGUCCAUAGAUCACAGUACAAAAGAACAAGUUAAACUGGGUAAAAUUGUGACAGAUAUUGACUCAGUGAGUAAAAAAAUGGAGAAAGAAAAACAAUAUCUUGAGAAGUCCAGGUGUGUCAGCCAUGAAGGAGGAAUCAGCACACCGUUCUCCACAGUAGCUGUACCGUUUUACUUCCCCCUGGCAAUGCAGAAGGGUCCCACAUCCUCCACACCCUCCCAGACACUUGUAUUUUCUGAUGUCUACAUCCUGAUAGGUUCGAAGAGCCAGCCUGCUAGCUUUUGCUACGUGGCACAAGGCGACGACAGGAUCAAGAGGCCAGUGGAGCUGACCAGCCAAGAUGCCAUCUCACUGCCUUGCCUGGAGUCCUUAAUCAGCCUGCUGCCAGACCUGACCCUAAAGCCGGACCAGGCCUCUCAGCAGGGGACCUCUCCAACUUCUCCCCUGGCCGUCCGCCUGGGAACUUUGAGCCUACUGCCCAGAUCGUACGUCGCACUUGCUACUGUCGAGCUGCGUGACAGUAGGCGCUCGCGACAUAAUGUACUAAAUAUUGACGCUCAUUUUAACCAUAAAGCCAAACCACAGUUUGGUAAAAGCACUUUGACGUGGUCGGAGAGUGUGGGUGUGAGGCUUAUUGUUGUGGAGGUGGUGUGGAAAUGGUAUCAUCCCAGUAAACACUUUAUGAAAAGAAAGCAAAAACUUAUCAAGCCAGAACCAAAGUCAGAAUUCAGGUUAAAAAGUAUUCCAGAUAAAAUUGAUAAAGUUGACAGUAAAGUUAAAAGAAUUGGACCACAUAUAGAGAUCUUCCAAGUUUUCCGAGAAAAAAACAAAUUUUUAAUGAGCAAGAAAAUGGUUAAAAUGAUUACCACAAUGCAGGCACAUGUCAGGGGGUGGCUUGAACGCAGAAGAUUUCAAAGAAUAAUGACCAAGGCUUUGUUUCAUGGAUCCAAUUUGAGAGCAGUUAUAAACAUGUAUCGUGCAGUGAUCCACCGUGUUAGAUAUCGACUUGGGCUUUGGAGAACACGGCAGGUUAUCAACCUUGCAGAGCUAGAGGAAUGGAUGGACAGAAAAAAAUAUUAUGAAACAAUGUUUGCUAAGAGAGAAGACUGGCAAGGACUAGAUCGAAAUGAGCUCCUUAAGUACUUCAAUGACUGUGGUCAUUUCCCAACCCAGGCACAAAUUGAUGAUACUUGGGACCUGGUCCACAGAAGUAACCAAGAAAAAUAUUCUAGAGUGAUCAAAAAGUUCAAUGCAAUUGAAAUGUUAUUUACACUCUAUCCACCUAAAGGAGCCCAGAUUUCGAAUAACAUGAGACUCAGGUCGACUUGGCUGAGACCCAUAGUAAAUGGAGAAGAAGGGUAUAAGUAUAUAGUGAGUGGACAUCCGGUACUCAAGAGAGCCAACAUCCGAGUUGUUGGGAAGUUGGUGGCAGCAUCCAUAAGAGAAAGGAAAACGAAACUAUAUUAUAAAUCAUGAGAAGUUUUUGCACAAUGCUAUUAA